GCUCAUUUCAAACCACACAUUCAAAACUUACUCUGAGGAACUGAACAGAGGAGAGACCAGACAGACAGAGAGGAGACUCUGUGUGUGUGUGUGUGUGUGUGUGAGGAAGCAACAAAUGUCCAUAUCCAUGGCGUUAUUCUCUCCGCCGAUCUCUUCUCCACAUCAAAACUCUAACCUCAUCCCCAAGAUCUCCCUCUCUCUCCUCUCCACCAAGCGCCUCUCUCUCGUCUCCCUCACUCGAGCCUCCUCCGACAACGGUACGUCAACACCCGCUUCAGCCACAGUCUCCGCAACCACCGUGGAGGCUCCGAAGCCUGUCGCUGUAGAAGAGGUUCCGGUAAAAUCUCCGUCUGAAAACGGCGCCGUUGGAGGCGAAGAGACUGACUUGACGACCACCACGACGGAGAUCAAGUUCCAGGAUGCGAAGUGGGUUAAUGGAACUUGGGAUCUGAAACAGUUCGAGAAAGAAGGCAAAACAGACUGGGACUCUGUUAUCGUUGCUGAGGCAAAGAGGAGAAAGUGGCUUGAAGAUAACCCGGAGACAACUAGUAACGACGAGCCUGUCCUCUUCGAUACCUCCAUCAUUCCAUGGUGGGCAUGGAUGAAGAGAUACCAUCUACCCGAAGCUGAACUCCUCAAUGGUCGUGCGGCGAUGGUUGGGUUCUUCAUGGCUUACUUUGUUGACAGCCUUACAGGAGUAGGACUUGUUGAUCAAAUGGGAAAUUUCUUCUGCAAAACACUCUUGUUUGUGGCUGUCGCCGGAGUUCUUUUCAUCCGCAAGAACGAAGAUUUAGACAAACUCAAGGGUCUGAUUGAAGAGACAACGUUAUAUGACAAGCAAUGGCAAGCGGCAUGGAAAGAGCCGGAAUCAUCAUCAUCAUCAACGGUUUCUUCAAAGAAGUGAAGAAAAUUUAUGGCUUAUGUUUCCUCUUUUGUUAUGUGAUGAUGAUAAGUGAAAGUCCCAAGAUAAUUUCUUUAUUGUAUUACUGAUAUUGAGAUUGUAAUCUUUCUGGCUUUAGAAAUCUCCA